AUGGGGAAGAUUGUUAAACUUAUCGGCUCCGGCGUGGGGCUUGCCGCGGAAGCCAUCGCUGCUCGAAAACAGCUACAGAGGUCCCCAUCCAGUCAAGGAAACGGCCAAUUAUCCAGUACACCGCGCAACAUACCCAUCGAAGGGCCACCUGGCUAUAAUCAGGCAGUCUUUGAGGUAUCUGACGAAAAAGCGAAUGCCCUCAUCGCCAGCGGCCAAGCAGUUCCUGUGGAUGAUCACAGGGAUAGGAGCAUCGCCGACGGACAGGCUGAGGAUGACGAUGAUAGUUCAGAUGAAGACGACGAACGAGACUGGGCACUUGAUGAAGCUGCUGGCGCGGACGAGCCUCCAGUCGCGUCACUAAGUGGCCAAGAACCAAAGAAGAAGUAUGCUCUUGACGCAACAGCUACCAUCGAAUCUCUUGGAGCGAUCGUCUUAUCCAAAUUCCCCCCUCCACCACGAAGCACCCCUCAAUUGCGAUGUCCAGUUAUCAUUCCCCAAAGAAGGCCCGGAGCUAGUGGUCGAGGCUUCAUUCGAGCCUACGCUCCUGAUCUCGCCGAAUUCGGCAUUCCCCAGGAAGGGUUCCUUUCAUUUUUGAAGGUCCAGCAAGAAGCGUCAAAAGCGUCCCCACUUUUGAACGUCGUCUACGUUGGAGCUGGCAUAAUUGGCUGUGUACCACAUGGAGCAGCCAUGAUCACUUCAGUGGUGGUCUCAAUAGCUGUCGGCGCAUGUAUUAAACAUCAGGAGUCACAAAGGACAAACAGUUUCCUGGAUGACAUGAACGAGAGAAUAUACAAGCCGCGAGGUCUCUAUGCGAUGAUCAUGAAGUACAACCCGAACGCGAACACGACCCUGGAUGUGCAACAGAUGGAUGCCUCUAGCCUAAUCGUAAACCGCGGCGCUCACGAGAAUGAUUUCUUCAGAAAAACGGCCUCAGGUGAGACUCAAGGGGAGCUCGAGAUGCCGGAGGCUGCACCACUGGUGUUUCCCGCACUGGAUGAUGUCGCCCAGUCAGGUGAUAUUGAGAAGAGGAACGCAUUCAUGAGAAGCACGAAAUUUGUCUCCAACUACUAUGACAAGCGAACGCAAUUGGAAUAUGCAACUCAAAAUCCAAACUCAAGCCUAGCAGUCCCAGCAGACCAACGACCGAAUUUCGCAACUAGAGUCGCCGACCCUAGCCAUCCUGCCUUCCAAGGCUCCUGGCUCACGCUGUUCUCCGGAGGCAAGAUCAAGCCAUCCACCAAAGGCGAGAAAAACGGUGAGCCAUCCGGACGACGCGGAAAGCGAGGGAAGAAGGGCAAAGGACGAAAAAAGGGAAGGAAGAUGAAGAGCAAUCUGCUCUACUUGAUAAUCGUCAACUUGCCGUCAGACCAAGAGCUUGCGGCUGCGAAGCAGCAGCUGGAGAUGACGCGGCGAUAA